AUGAAAAUCGGCGACGUAGAGGACAGACUACUUGAAGAGCUAAAAGAAGCAGCACUCAAGGCGCGUGAACUCUCUUACAGCCCCUACUCCCACUUCCGUGUCGGUUGCUCCAUAUUGACGAACAACGAUGUCAUUUUCACUGGUGCCAAUGUCGAGAAUGCAAGCUACAGCAAUUGCAUAUGCGCAGAACGGGUUGCCAUGGUACAAGUUCUGAUGUCAGGAUACCGCACAGGCUGGAAAUGCAUGGUGAUAUGCGGCGACUCUGAAGACAAGUGUGUGUCGCCCUGCGGUGUGUGUAGACAGUUUAUUAACGAGUUUGUAACCAAAGAUUUCCCCAUUGUCAUGCUCAACUCCACCGGCGCCUGUUGUGUAACCAAGACUAUUGGAGAAUUGCUGCCCAUGGCCUUUGGUCCCUCCCAUUUGGCCUAG